GUACCUAAGCUGCCUACCCUGUAGCCUAACACACUCAUUACUAGGUUAUUCACUUACCACUUGAAUUGUCCUCAUUGAUGGCAAAACUUUCUUCAUCUUUUCGUAUCCGGAAUUAAUAUUCGUCAUAAGGAUCUGUACAUCAGUAUACCAUCCGUAGAACUUUGAUUCUAUCGACAAUUUCAUUGUGCUGUGAUAGCACCAGCUAUGCCGCGAAACAAACGGGGUGGCGCUCGUGGGAGGGGCAAGUUCAGUUCACCCAGAGGUGGUCGCGGAACUCCCACUCCUGGAACCUCUUUCAUACCAUUCGCCGGCGCAUAUGUUCCUCAAAGGCCUCAGACUGGUUUUACCCUUCAAGAAGAAGCUCGGAAUACUGAACGUCAUCACUCAUUUUGGAACUCUGAUCAAAGGUUAAGGGAUACGAAAGUGAGCUUUGUUAGCGCCGGGGAAUUCAAUCCACCAGAUCUUGUUAAAGAUUCUGAGGAGGCGCUGGCUGGAAUGAGCUUGGAAUCUACAGAGCCACCCACGGAAAACUUGAACCAAGAUGUGAAAAUGGCGAGUCACGAAGCAAAUAUGGCUGCACCCUCUUCGUUGUUCAUGCUAGAUACCGAUGGUGGCAACCGUGUUGAGACAGGUCUUGCACCACCGCGUUUGCGCUCAAUAUCUCCAGCUCGGUCAGACUCAAGCGAAGAAGUCAUUCUUUUUCACGGACGUGGUCAAGUAAGGAUCGAACAUGAUCCCCAAACAAGCGCAGAUACCAUAGAUGCUAGGAUCAAGUUCUUGGAUGAUAAACUUCUUGAGCAAGAAAAACUGUUGGAAGAAGCUUUAGAUGAGAAGGAGGCAUCUUUAGAGUCUAUUCCACCCGAGCUGGCACAAGCAUUGAACAAGGAGAUGUUUCUGGACACAAUACCACACAAGGUAACAAAUUCACCAUCCCCUGAUUUUGAGGCAAUUUUACCCAAGCGUCAAAACAAAAAUCGCGGUCAAGGUCACACUAGGCGAGGUAGAAAAGCGGCUGGCAGAAUCGAUGAAAGUGACGAAGAGGAUGCCAUGAUUGCAGAUUACAUUGCGAACAUGGACCAGGAACAUACUAUGUCUGAUGUCGACCAGACAUUCAACAAACGUGAGUUAGGGGCCGAUGACGACGCUGCUUGGGAAGAUGAUUCUUCUGUUAAAGACACUCCAGAGUUUAACGGACGUCACGGAUGGGGUCGGACAGAAUUGCAGGAUCUUGACGACCUAAGCACAUCGGAUGAGGCAAGGGGCAAAGUCGAAACAAUUUUAUCAAAGAGGCAUCGUGUUGGUGGCGUGCAGUACUUGGUCGUCUGGGAACAUCAGGAUGUAGACGAAGCCAGGUGGGUUCCUUUGGAUGUUCUACAGGAUUCCGGGGCAUUGCCUCUCAUUGAGGUUUUCGAAGCUGAAGAGAAGUUGGUCGCCGAAUUCGAAAGUAAUGGAGACGAAGACAGUGAUGAUUCAGACGAUUUUGUCGAUGGAGGUGAUGACGACCAUGAUGACGAGCAGGAUCUAGUUCAAAGGAGGAUCGCGAAAAUGAAUGAUGAGCAGAUUGCAAGACUGAUAAGUAAGCAAGAGGAGCUUGGUAUGGGCGGAGAUGAAAUUCUACUAUUUGAUGAUGAAGUCGAUGAUGAAGAUGAAGACAUGGAAGCCUCCACAAUUGAUCUUAGUAAUUUCAUACUUUCGGGCAGGAGAGGCAGAAAGGAAAGACAGCGGCGCCAGGGCGAAUUUCCAUCUGCAACUCCAUUGGCCGAUGCUUACGACGGAUUUGAUGUAAUGGAUUUUGAUCGACCAAGUCUCAAAAAGAAACCUAAGGGUCGCAAGGGCAAGCUGAUACUAGACGACAUCUCGGAUUCAGAACUCGAGGCCUCUAUGCAAUCAGCUUGGGUCAAUGAUCGCGUCAAGAAAAAGGAAAGAAAGCAAGAACGUGAAGCAUUACGUGCACGAGGUUUACUGACUGGCAAGAAUGGCAAGCCUGAUAUGAAGGCAAGGUACAAGGAAGGAAUGGGUAUUGAGGAUGUCAAGGAAGAAAUUAAGGAGUUCCUGAAGGGUGACAAUACUACCCUUUCGCUUCCUGCGAUGGACAAAGCCGAUCGUAAAUUUGUUCACGAGAUCGCCAAUGCAUUCAAAUUAAAGUCCAAGUCUGCUGGUUUAGGCAAUAAGCGAUAUCCUAUCUUGUACCGUACUUCAAGAACGACUGUUUAUGGAGAGCGCGCCUAUGAAGCUGCAGCUUCGAAACUUUCGCGUCGUUUCCUUCCACGUAAUGACGUAGGUGGGAGGAGAGCAGGCGCUGCGCCCAAGCGUGGUGCUCGAGGUGGAGGCGGUGGUUUUGGAGGCGGUUUCGGUGCUGCUAGUUAUCGUGAUGGUGAUGUUGUCGGCGCCUCGGCUCCCGAGCUAGGGGUUGAGAACAAAGGAAGAGCGAUGCUAGAGAAGAUGGGCUGGAGUGCCGGCACAGCUCUUGGUGCGCUUGAUAAUAAGGGCAUUCUCCAGCCAGUUUCUCACGUUGUAAAGACCACGAAAGCAGGUCUGGGAUAAGGAGCCGUAAAAAUGACCAAGAUGACGCAAACCUAUCAAGUCGGUCAUGAUUCUAAUUUGAGUCGAUGCGUUCUCGAAACCCCCGUACUCUGCGGCUUUCACUGAGUAGAGUCAGUGUAGAAUUCUCGUGUUUAGCAGCAAGGAUCGAAGCACUGAUCAUAGCUCGAUCUAGAAUCUGUCAAUUGGCAUCCCUGAAUAAAAUCCAUCCA